GGUUGUGCUGUGUGAAUUAAUAAAAUAAAAUUUACCAUUACUUCCGUUUUUUGCAGCUUAUAUGUUCGGCUCAUAACGGGAUACUAAAGAUCGACAUCUUAAAAUUCAUCUAUCAUGUAGCAAUAUCAAGAUAUAUUGGCAAGCUCUGACGUCAUCGCUCUACUCCGUCUCCCCGCUCUGAACCCCCUAUGCCGAAAAAUAACCCAUCCUCUGCAACAGAGAAAAUGGCGUCGUGAGUGAAAAUGAACACAAACAACAGUAGUUUUGAGCACAGCCCGUCGGUGAGUGAGGAUGCUAACAGUUCAUGGGUCCAGUCCUGUGAAUACGAGCUCACGGCCUUACCCGAUCUUCACUUGGGGGCAGAGGGCAGUGUUGAACUCGGCAACCUGGUGGAAGAUAAGGAAAUAGCGGCACGUGCAGUGGCCUUUGUUGUCAAUAGCACCAGAAAGGGCAUAGUCCCUCUCUGUGCUGACGUGGCCAAUCUUCUGAGAGCCAAACGAAGACUCGAAAAGAAAGUGUUCAUCUUGAAGAAAGAGAAGGAUUUUCUCCAUUCAGCGUCCUCGUUAAGUCGACAGACUAGUCAUUCCAUAAGUCCAACUCCGGCCUCCUACAGCUCAGAGAAAAGUGCCCAGGCAGAGUUCCUAUUUAACCUCCCCUCUGAUAGAAACAGACCUUGUUCUCGAUGCAGUCAGUGUUCAACCAUCAGCAGCUCUCCAAAUUUUGAUAAAAAUCGACAAAGACUCUCCAGUCUGCAGUACUCACCCGCCAGUAGUCAUGGAGACGAACCAAUUAACAGACGACAAUAUUCUCUUCGUGGAAAGCGUUCACGGUCUGAAAGCUGUGAUGCUCUCAAAGAGCAUCCUUUUUGCACAACGGAAGCAGAGGUACAUGCGGAACCAAAGGAUAUUGAAUUCAAUUUCACUGAGGUUAAUGAAAAUGGACAAUUACCAGACGAUAAUAGUUUGAAAGAUGAUAUAUUCGAAUGUGAUAACACGGACGAUAAGUCGGAGAUGGAAAAUAAAAAUCAAAAUGAAUGUGAAAUGAAUGAAACUGUACAGAAUACAGAAUCUGAGAGAAAAUUUACACAAAACGAACAAACUCCAAAAAGUGAUUCUUCCAAUAAAGACGGUACUGAAACUUCAGCGACGGUGAAAUCUAAGGGAACAAACUCCAACAAGAAGAAGAGUGCAUCAUCCGACAGAGACUGCGAGAGUAGUAUACAACAUAAUGAGAUGGAUUACAGAGAAAGUGAAAUGUGUGAGAGACAAGGCUCGGGGGAGCUAAUUGUUGAAAAAUAUCAAUCAGUCACAACUACAACAGCAGAGAAAAGUUUAGAAGACAAAUUUGCUCAAAGUAUGUUGCUGAAUUCAAAAUUAACUGAAGAAUUGGGUGCUGCGAAGAAAGAAAUAGAGAUUCUGAAGAAACGAUUAUUAGAACUAGAGCCCUACAAGAUCGAUAGUUGUACGUACGAUAGAUUGAUAAUUGAAAAUGAAGUAGGGGGAACCAAACUUGAAUACCUGGAAAAGAAAUCGCUUAACAACAAUAAUCGACAGACUAAAUGUAAUGAAAAGUAUCUGAAACAUAAGGUGACACCAAUAUCUCCCUACCUGUCCCAACCUCUGUUUGGCUGUAAAUGUAGUGCGUGUGAAGCCGUGUUCUCGAGUUCGGAGUACAUAUGGGAAGCCGACCAAGCUUUAACAGAGAAAAGAACCUUCUCAGUCAGUCACAAACUACAAGUACAGCUGAAUGAUCACGUGGUCGCUAAAGGUGACCGAAGCGGCCAAAUUCGAUAUAUUGGUCAUCUGGACAAACAAGCACAAUCCAAUCUGUUGUUCGCUGGACUGGAACUGGACCUCCCAGUGGGGAAACAUGAUGGAAUCCUCAAUGGCAGAAGAUACUUUAGUUGCCCCAAGGACCAUGGAAUUUUUAUACCACUUCAAGAAAUCUUAUGUAAAGUUGGCAAAAAGGUAAAGACUGGAAUUUUGGAUUUUCUUUAUGAUUUAGGGGUUGUCUGUAAAGUUUCCUACUCCGUAUUGCUUGUCUCUUUUUAGGUACCCAAAAAGACUCCAGGGCGGGAGGAAUCUUCAAAGCUGCAUCGAAAAAAGAAAAAUGAUAGACUGUGAUCAAGCAAGUAGCACUGCUGUGGGGGAAGGAAUUCACAAAAUCGAGUCAUUGUCUUGCAUCGAGUAAACAAGUUCUGCUUUUAUCUUGCAAAAGUGUAAACUGAGAAACAAAAUAGCAUUUACUUAAGUCAUUCAUUAAUUUGUCUUUCAUAGAUGAUUCACAAUGGUAUUCUGUUUACUGGUAUAUCGAUAAAAGAUGAUACUUAAAAACAUAUCGAAAUUGUUUAUAUUUAAGUGAAAUGAAAAUCUAAAGACUUGCUUGAUUUGUGUAAGCAAUAUUCAUAUAAAAGGCAUUCCUGAAAUGUUGGAAUGCGCUGAAUAUCGAAAGUGUUUGGAAAAAUAAGGUUCUAGAGAUAAAUAAUGUUAAUGCUUUAUGUUAAUGGUCAUGUGCAGUGCAUUUUUAAUAAAUCAGCUGUAGAUUUUUUGCAUUUUUUAGGAAAGAACGAGAUUUUAUUCCUUAAACUUUUUACCAUUAUGUGAAAACAAAUUGAUUGAAUCGACUUUUUGGAUGACAGAAAUGAUCAUAACUCGGUGCAUAAUGCUGAAUAGAUUUAAAUGUCAUUACUUUAUUGUGUAUAAGAGGUGACGAAACAACAAAUGGUACCAGUUCCUUUGUACAGAUUUUUACAAUCUAUACAUUUUAAAGUGACAUUUUAAUUAAUCAAGGUAUUAAUUACUUACAUUGAUUUUAAACCACACGUUUAUGAAGUUGUCAACUGUUUAAUCAUACUGACCUUAACAUUAAUAUUUAUCUUAUUUUCUUUAAUAGUUGAAUGCAAAAUUGCAUUUUUUCCCUUCAAUUAUUAAUGAUAUUAAUUAUCUAUGAGUAAGAUACAUCAUAAAAUCGAUUAAUUGUUUGGUUUUUGUCAGAUAUCAAUAACAGUCACGAUUGUCUUUGUGAUGGUUGUGUCCAGUACUGUCACAAAAUAUUCUCAUAAUAAAAUAUCCUACCGAUUUCGUGUUUUCAGGAAGGAUGUUUUUCUGCUUGUGAGAUUCCUAAACGUUCUUUUUGUAACUCAGUUCCAUUCUUCAGUCAAAUUCUAUGUAUUUUUUCUGAAUUAAUUUCUUAGAUUUCCACUCUUGACUUAUUUGUUUACGAGGGGUACUAUUCGAUUGCUUUUCCUAUGAUAUAUCUUUGAUCAAGUAUUAAUUUUUCAUCAAUAUGAAAUAUCGACAUAUAUCCAUAAAUUUUCAAUACUGUUAAAAAUAUCAGUGUUCAACAAGUAUUAGUUUAAAUGUUAAAUCAAGUAACGCUUCAAAGUGAUUACCAUUGCACGUUUAAAGAUCACUAUUAAGUGAAAACCAUUAUAUCUUUGUAUAACUCCGUCCAGCUACAUAUCCUAGUAGCAAACAAAAAACAUCACUGCAAUCAACUAAGCAUCACUAUACAAACAAACAAAACAUAAUUGUAUGGACAAACAACAAAACAUCACUAUAUUAACAAACAACAAACAUCACUAUAUUUACAAAAUAUCACUAUAAAUAAUAAAACAAUCAAAGUAAACAGCCAACAAAACAAAACUAUAAACCAAACAAUAAAAUAUCAUAAAUAGAUAACAAAACGUUACUAAACAAUCAAGCAUCUAUAAAAGACAUACACAGAAUAAAACAAAUUAAAAAACCAAUAGACAAGCAUUAAUAUACUGCAUAGGCAAAAAGCUGAACGAUACUUUACACACAAACUAUGAAAACCAACAACAGAACCUUGCUAUGAAAACAACAACAAAUCGUCAAUAUGUUGCUUAAACAAACAAGAAUACAUCAAUAUAUAUAAUAAUACAAUGUAAUAAAACAAAUAACAAAACCUCACUCUAAAUAAACAACAUAAUAACAUAGAUAGAACAUCAAUACAUUAGUAAACAGCAAAACAUCAAUGUAUUAUAACAUAGGACAUCAAUACAAUU